AUGGACACAUCAAUGUCCAUGCCCGCCAUGGGCGACGACUCGUCCUCUGCUUUGAAUUCUUCUGGCGUUGACUUUUCAAAUGAUACCCAGGCCAUGGAUUUUCUGGGAGAAAUCCUCGACGACAGCGAUUUGCAGAUUUCUGGAAACGCAUUUGCAAGACACUUUUGGUAUGGCGUCGUCAUUGUCAUUGGCAUCGCUGCAAUCUUCAACAUGGUUCAGAUGGCAAUUCUCAAGUUGAGAAUCCGGGCUGCUGCUGCCAACGCAACACGUCCAGCUAAACCGAGCAAUAUCAUCAGCAAAUCCCUGGCUACCAUUACCGCCAUACUCCGUGAGGGAUCUUAUCUACAGUUCACCCCGACCAGAAGAACUUUCUGGCUCAAGGUCCCACCAUUGGGCACCAUCAGUCUUCUUCUGGCCUACCUUGGCUUCGUCCUUGCUCUCGAGUUCAUCGAUAAUGACGUCCCAGGUGCGCAACACUACCAAGCGCUAGGUAUCCGAGCAGCAUGGCUGGCCGUGGCUCAAGUCCCUCUCUUGAUUCUUCUUGCUGCCAAGCACAAUCUCAUUGGCCUCGUCACCGGUGUCUCCUACGAGCGGCUGAACGUACUUCAUCGAUGGGUGUCUCGGGUCCUCCUCCUUCUUGCUACCUUGCACUUGGGCUACCAGAACUACGGGUGGAGUCUGUACGGCCUAGUGCAUAUGGAAUGGUCUACGGAUAGCUGCCCACCGACUGGUAUCGCCGCAUAUGCUAUACUGCUCUGGCUCAACCUGAGCACUUUAGCGCCAUUUCGGAACCUUUCCUAUGAAUUCUUUGUCAUCCAGCACCUGAUCACCUUCUUCGGAUUCAUCAUUGCCAUAAUGAUUCAUCUGCCAUCCACCGCCCUGUACUCCCGCGUCUACAUAUACAUCCCCAUUGCAUUGUAUAUCGUGGACCGCCUCAUCCGGAUUUUGCGCUUCGCAUACAAUAACAUCCACCCUGGCCGCGCCACUUUGACAGCCUUCGAAGGCGGCGUAACUAAGAUUCGUGUCCCAAUUAAGCACGUCCAGAAAUGGAGACCUGGUGCUCACGUCCUUCUCAAGGUCCCGCGCCUUGGUUUCAUUCAAUCCCACCCUGCUACAAUCGCAUCAGUGCCUUCAUCGCACAACAAUGACCUAGUCUUCAUCCUGAAAGCACACAAAGGCUUCACCAACCGCCUCCUGACAUCCGCGACCUCAUCCACCGCCACUCUGCUACCAAGGACCCAACAGGACGCCAUAGCACCCCAACAAACCCACACAGCCCUAAUCGAAGGUCCUUACGGCGGCUCCCACGCCGACUUCGCUGCCUUCGACACCGUCUUCCUGAUCGCCGGCUCCACUGGCGUAACAUUCAUCCUCCCCCAACUCCUCGACAUUGCCCACCGUGCCUCAUCCCAACGACUGCCGGUCCGCCGUAUAGAAUUCGUCUGGGUAAUUAAGAACAGCUCCUGGACGUCUUGGAUCUCCGAAGAACUGUCUGGGGCCGUCGCUCAGCUCCGUGCUUCCGGCAUAGACGUCGAAAUCAGGAUCUUCGUAACCUGUGACGGGGCUUUCACCGAAUCAUCCGACGCGACGAAGAAAACAGGAUGCCAAUGCGACAAGUCCCUCGGACCAUGUUGCUGCGUCCGCAAUUCCCUUCCACCAACCGAUGACGCCGAUACCUUAAACGAGAGCAGACCAGACUCGACCAGCUCCACUGACCUAGACGAAAACCCUCCCGCCAUCCCAACGAUCACAACCGCAAUACCACCACCAAACCCCCCCUGCUGCAGCAAUAAGAUGAAGCAGAAGAACAACACCGCCCCCACCAUCUCCUCCUUUGCAUCACUCAUCUCCGGCCGUCCGCCCAUCUCCGACCUCUUGUGGAAAACCCUCAGUCGCGCAGAGGGCGAGACCGGCGUGGCGGUGUGCGGACCAUUGGGAUUGAAUGCGACGGUCAGGAUGGCGGUGGCGGAGAUGAGUAAUGAGAGGGGUGUGCACAAGGGGACUGGAGCGCAGGGGAUAUAUUUGCACGCUGAGGGGUUCUGCUGGUAG